AUGACGGACGAGGGAAGAUUUGCGUCACAGUUUCAGACGAGCAUAUGCGUUCUCGACCUCAAGGAGAAAAUUCACCUCAGACGAUAUAUAGACUGGGAAUGGAAACACAUGGAAGCAUACAUGCGAGAUCACCCGAACGGUACUCUGGGUCCCACAAUCAUCAAACACCUCGCCCUCGCCGGCUCCCAUGUGACACUUCUCACGCGAAACCCAGACAAAGCUGCGAAACAGUACCCUUCACCAAUCGAGACGGUACUUGCGGAUUACGACUCCACUGAGGCUCUUACUUCUAUCUUCCGGGAACACGGCUUUGAAUCCCUAGUCAUUCUGCUGAAUAGGCGUGAGCUUCAGCCUCAGCUUCGGCUCAUCGAUGCGGCGUGCUCGGCCGGCAUCGGACAUGUCGUGCCUUCCUCUUUUGGCGGCGACUUCUCGCAUCCAGAAGUCAAGCGGUUGCCACAGCUCAAAGAAAAGCUCGAGAUGGAGGAUUAUCUGGUGCAGAAAGCGGACGUUGGUGAGAUAUGCUUCACUGUCAUUAACACAGGCUUGUUCUUCGAUUGGGCUCUAGGCGGCUUUCUCCUACCAUCAGACGACACUCGACGUAUGAUGAUCGCUGAUGCUGGCGAUGUGCCAGUCUCCGGCAGUACUCUUGAUCUCAUUGGGCAGGCCACUGCUCAAGCUGUGCUGCAACGCAAUGAAUCUGCCGUGAAGAACAAAUUCCUGUAUGUCCACUCCACAGUCUUCACGCAGAACCAGAUUCUGGAGUAUGCGCGUGCUGCUGCGCCGAAUGGGGAUAUCAAGACGAUUAAAGUCGAUACGGAGAAGAUGGCUAAGGAAGCGUGGGAGAAGUAUGAUGCUGGAGAAAGAGAUCAGAAGGUAUUGCAGCCAUUGAUGUUACGGACGAGUUUUGGUCUGGGAUUGGGAGAGUUCAAGAAGGUUGACAACGAUGUCCUCGGUGUCAGUAUGCUGAGUGAUGAUGAAGUCAAGUCACUGGUUGCGAAGUAUGCGAAGCGCGAUAUGUAG